AUGGGCUCCGUUCUACUAGAAACCACCCUCGGCAACAUAGUCAUUGAUGUGCAUGCCGAAGUUGCACCUGUGGCGAGCUACAACUUUCUCAAGCUGAGCAAAAUCAAGUUCUACGUUGGAUCGCUGUUCUUCAACGUGCUCAAGGGCUUUGUGGUUGAGACGGGCGAUCCGGUCGGCAUCGGCUGUGGCGGCACCUCGGUGUUUGGCCUCUUGGGCAAACCGCCACCACUACCGAUGGCGGCAAAGAUGGCUCCCGCCGCUCCAGCAUCUGACGAGGGUGUGGCGCAGGGCCAGGUGCUGGCAGAGUGCGAGGGCGGAUCGCAGGUGCUAGCCGGUAUGGAUUCGGCGCAUCGCUGGUUCGGCGACGAGAUCUCCGUCCUGCUUCGGCAUGACGCGCGCGGCGCGGUGGCAAUGGCCAACAAGGCGCCCGGUAAGAACGGCUCGCAGUUCUACAUUACGCUUGCGGAUCGUUCUGCCUCUCUGGACGCGCUCAACGGGAAACACACCGUGUUUGGGCAGGUUGCCGAAGGCUUUGACGUUCUCGACGCGCUUGACGCCGCCGUUGUCGACGACGCGGGACGGCCGUUCCAUAACCUCCGAAUCCGCGACACCCAUGUGCUUGUCGAUCCGUUUCCGGACCCACCGGGCCUUGCGGCGCUUGCGCCGGUUGAGCUCCGCUCACCAUGGCGCUUCCGUCCCGCCGAGACGGCACUCUUUGGUGACUCGCGCAUCGACGACUCUGAGGCCGAGACGACCGCGCUGGCAGCCGCUGAGGCUGAAGCCGACGCCGAGGGCGAAGACGCUGAAGAGCGCAGGCUUGCCCGCGAGGCUCGCAAGCGUGCACAAGUCCUCGAGAUCAUCGGCGAUCUGCCGUCGGCCGACGUCGCGCCGCCAGACACCGUCCUGUUUGUUUGCAAGCUCAAUCCGGUGACCCAGGACGACGAUCUGCACACCAUCUUCUCGCAGUUUGGACCCAUUGUCGAGUGCGCCGUCGUCCGCGACCGUGCCACUGGCGACUCACUCUGCUACGCCUUUAUCGAGUUUGCCACCAAGGACGACUGCGAGCGCGCGUACUUUAAGAUGGACAAUGCCCUCAUCGACGACCGCCGCAUCAAGGUUGACUUUUCACAGUCGCACCCGCCGCUCUCGCCCGCCUCCCACCGCCCGCCCCCCACCUACCCGUCUUGA